UUCACGUUCAAUGCCGGCCCCAUCGCACUGGCAGUCAAUUUCUUCACACCCAUCGACCCGACAGAUCUCAAGCGACUGUCACUCCCGGCCUCUUAUAUAUCUGUGAGCGCCUGGUCUCUGGAUUCGGACACUCAUGAGAUUCAGGUAUAUUUGGACGCAUCUGCCGAAUGGAUUUCCGGUGACUCCAAUGAAGAGGUCGUUUGGAAUAUGAAGGAAAUAAAAGGCAAUAAAACCAUAAUUACUGGUGAUAUGAGACUCAAGAAUCCACAGAUAUUUGAGGAAAAUAAUGAAUCGUCUCAAUGGGGAAGAUUCAAGUUUUUCACUGAUUCUAUGGUCACUCACGAGGCCAAUGGUUGUGAGGGAAUGCGCUCUAAAUUUGUAAAGAAUGGUCGACUCGACAAUACUAUUGACCAGAAGUUCCGCAAAAUCAACGACAACUGGCCAGGUUUUGGUUACGCCCGCACUAUGACUGCCCGGCCAUUGAAUGGUAGAGCUCCC